CAACCUUGUCAACAUGUUCUCUAAAAUCAUCACAUUGAGCGCCAUCCUGGCUGUGUCAGCCGCUGGACUUUUACCUACAGCUCACUACUCAAACGCUGCCGCCGUUUCUUCCCAAAGCAUUGUGCGUCAUGACCAACCCCACGGCAUCGCUCAGGUUGCCUAUGCGUCUCCUGUAGCCUACUCUUCUCCCAUUGCCUACGCCGCACCUCGUCUCUCCGGUCACGGUGCCGUCUCUUCCCAGAACAUUGUACGCCACGACCAAGGACAUAGAUCCAUUGCUGUAGCCGCCCCCAUCUCCUACGCCGCCGCCCCUGUGGCCUACGCUGCUCCUCGUCUCUCCCACGCUGCUCCCAUCGUUCACGCCGCUCCCGCCCAUGGCUACAUCGCUGCCCAGCCAGAACCCUAUAACACUCACCCCAGCUACGACUUCUCCUACUCCGUAGCUGACGGUCACACCGGCGACAACAAGUCCCAGCACGAGAGCCGCGACGGAGACGUCGUACGUGGCGAAUACUCCCUGGUCGAGGCUGACGGUUCCGUACGCAGAGUGGAGUACUCCGCCGACGCUCACAGCGGCUUCAACGCUGUUUUGGCUCUCAGCGCCGUUUUAGCGGUAGCAUCCGCUGGGCUUUUGCCUGUGGCAAACUAUGGCCACGCCGCUACCCUGGGCUACUCUUCACCAAUUUCUUACGCCGCUCCAGCUCAUGGUGCUGUUUCAUCACAAAGCAUCGUGCGCCAUGACCAAGGACAUAGAUCUAUUGCCGUAGCCGCCCCCAUCUCCUACGCCGCCGCCCCUGUGGCCUACGCUGCUCCUCGUCUCUCCAGCCACGGCGCUGUCUCUUCCCAAAACAUUGUACGCCACGAUCAAGGACAUAGAUCCAUUGCCGUAGCCACCCCCAUCUCCUACGCCGCCGCCCCUGUGGCCUACGCUGCUCCGCGUCUCUCCCACGCUGCUCCCAUCGUUCACGCCGCUCCCGCCCAUGGCUACAUCGCUGCCCACCAGCCAGAACCCUAUAAUACUCACCCCAGCUACGACUUCUCCUACUCCGUAGCUGACGGUCACACCGGCGACAACAAGUCCCAGCACGAGAGCCGCGACGGAGACGUCGUGCGUGGCGAAUACUCCCUGGUCGAGGCUGACGGUUCCGUACGCAGAGUGGAGUACUCCGCCGACGCUCACAGCGGCUUCAACGCUGUGGUCCACCGCUCCGCACCCUCAGUUCACGCCGCUCCUGCACCCGUGAUCGCGCACGCCCCUGCCCCGAUCGCCCACUCCGCCCCUAUUGUCCACGCUGCUCCCAUCGUUCACGCCGCUCCCGCCCAUGGCUACUCUGCCCCUAUUGUCCACGCUGCUCCCAUCGUUCACGCCGCUCCCGCCCAUGGCUACAUCGCUGCCCACCAGCCAGAACCCUAUAACACUCACCCCAGCUACGACUUCUCCUACUCCGUAGCUGACGGUCACACCGGCGACAACAAGUCCCAGCACGAGAGCCGCGACGGAGACGUCGUACGUGGCGAAUACUCCCUGGUCGAGGCUGACGGUUCCGUACGCAGAGUGGAGUACUCCGCCGACGAUCACAGCGGCUUCAACGCUGUGGUCCACCGCUCCGCACCCUCAGUUCACGCCGCCCCUGCACCCGUGAUCGCGCACGCCCCUGCGCAUAUUAUUUUGGUUCUGACCGCCGUUCUGGCCGUAGCUGCUGCAGGCCUCAUUGCCCAGCCUCACUACUCAUCUGCUGCUGCAGUCUCCUCACAAAACAUUAUCCGCCAUGACCAGCCCAACACUGUAGUCGCCGCUGGCUACCGCGCUGCCCCGAUCGCAUACCAAGCUGCCCCAGUUGCUUACCGUUCUGCCCCAGUUGCCUACCGUUCUGCCCCAAUCGCCUACGCUGCACCCGUAGCGCACUACGCCGCUCCCAGGAUUGUGGCCACGCAACAGGAGGAAUAUGCUCACCCUCAAUACGACUUCUCCUACUCCGUAGCCGAUGGCCACACCGGCGACAACAAGUCCCAGCACGAGAGCCGCGACGGUGAUGUCGUACAUGGCGAGUACUCCCUACUUGAAGCUGACGGUUCCGUACGCAGAGUGCAGUACACCGCCGACGCACACAACGGUUUUAACGCUGUCGUCAGUAACUCUGCCCCAAAUGCUCACGCCGCCACUGCCCCCGCACAAAUCCUCGCUCACCACUGA